CAACAGAAGCAAGAUGGCGGCGUCCAGUAACGCAGAGCAUUCUCCAGAGAUAUCGACGCCGUUAAAGAUACCGAAAACGGAGGUGCCAUCCCCUGAGUCGGAGGAGCUGAGUGACAGUAACCAGUACCACUCCAAUCCCUCCACCCCGAACCGCUUCUCGCCUCUGAACGUGGGCGCCGGGGCCGCGGGCCGGACGGCGGCCUCAUCCUCCUCCAACAGCUUCACCGCCUGCCGGGGGAUGUCGUGGACGCCGUCCGAGACGAACGCCCUGAUCGCGGUAUGGGGGAACGAGAGGCUGACGGAGGCGCGGAUGCAGCAGCUGGAGGUGGCGGGGACCGUGUUCUCCGGUAAGGCCCCCGGUCCCGCCAUGUACGAGCGGGUCUCCAGAGCCCUGUCGGAGCUGGGUUACGAGAGGACCCCGUCCCAGUGCAGGGAGAGGAUGAAGACGCUACGACGCUGCUACAGCCGAGUGAAGGAACACGGUAUAGGCAAAAGGAAGAGCAGCUACACCAUCGAGCAGCUGGAGAAGGUGUUUGGCCAGGGAGGCUGGGACUCCCAGAGCUGUGCCCCUGUGCUCAUCAACAGCAGUGGGUUGUAUCAGGAGAUGGAGUCUGACGGCAGCACCUUGGAAGACUUCUCCCAGGAGGACUGGUGCAACCAGGUGCUGGACUCAGCUUUCCAGGAAGGAGACAUGGAGACUGAAGAAAUCCAGGUGCCUAAAAACAGAGCUCUUCAGAUUCAAGCAGAGCUGUCAGAACAAACCCAAAAAAGGGAUGCCAUGCAGACUGUGAUGCGCAUCCUGGAGUCGGUGCAGCUGAAGUGGGAACAUUUCCACACAUGGACUGAGUUCUCUCGGCUGCACCUCUCCAACAAACUGGCCAUCUUUGGCGUGGGCUACAACACACGCUGGCGUGAGGAUGUGCGUUACCACUACGCCGAGAUCAGCUCGCAGGUGCCGCUGGGAAAGAGGCUCCGUGAGUACUUCAACCCAGAGAAGCCAGAGGGCCGCAUCAUUAUGACCAAGGUUCAGAAGAUGAAUUGGAAGAAUGUGUAUUACAAGUUUCUGGAUAUUACAAUCAGUGAGGCGCGCUGCCUGGAGCUGCACAUGGAGGUGGACUGGAUCCCGAUAUCCCAGUCCAAGGUGACAGGAUGCAGCAAAGGCACCUCCCACUACCUCCUACCCGGGGACAUCCCCAAGUCAUAUGGACUCUAUGCUAUUGGCUACGAGGUGGUGCCCCCUUGUAGCGACACUGCUCAGACCUCUCCACAGGAUGGUAGUCCUGACAAUAGCUUACCUCAGUGCGAGUCCGAAAAUGGAGCACAAAGCCAGGCCGAUCAAGAAAAAACAGCGAAGAGCAACAGGACUGGGGCUAAAGUCACCUACUGCUACCUUGGCAUAGCUGACGAUAGGACCAUACAGCAGUGUCUCUUCCAGCACUUUCAGGGCUCUGGGAAGCAUUACGUCCACGGGGAGCCAUCUGCUGUCACGUGUUUCCUGCAGGAGAACUGUCGCGGCGGCGUCUCGAAUCACGACGGCGAGGGAGACGAAGGCUCCACUCAGCAUUUCGCCAUUUACAUUAAAUACGUGGAGGUGGAGCUGGACUUCCUCUCAGCAGGCUCCCUGGUGGAGUGCCUGGAAACUGCUGUUGGUUAUUCCUUAAAAUACAACAACAAAGAAACAUCAUAACUGCGACUCAAUGUUCUUGGACUUCUACUGAAUAAAGAUAGAAUUAACAGUUAUUAUAGCCAGCAGGGCAACAUGAAAGAUGACCAAUUUUGUCUGUUACAACGCAUGGAUGUGUGCAAGAAUCUGUCUUAUUUUUGCAGUCUUUUUAGCUCUCUUGAACUGAUACUGCUACACAUUUCAUUAGAGCCUAAAGGAGACGAAAAAGAAUGAAAUGCACAAUAUGGCUGAUGAAUUGUGCAGAAGAACGGAAACACUAACUCAAGUAUUACAGAGCUGCAUCAUCCAAGAGAAAUGUACUUGUAAUUAUAGGCUGAUGUGCACUACAGAGGUUCUGCUGCUUGUUAAGUAUGGAGUAAUAUGCCUCAUCAGGGAGUGUGGGGUUGGCUGAGUGACUACUGCAGUAUGCAUCUGUCUACCUCAGUAGGAUGUAGCAAACAAGGCAGCAGGGGGACCAUAAUGUGUAUUUAUUCUAAACUGCCUUUACUUUGACUGUUGAGGUCUGGACCUGAAUUUGGAAGCAUCUAAUGGUAACGGCGGAUUUAUGCCUUAUGUUUUGCACGUGCGACUGGGCUGCAGCUAGAGAUGCUCUGCUGUAAUGGAAUGUGAUGGACCCUUUUCACAGCAGGCGUUUUGACUCCCGUGUGAUUGAUAAUGGCUGCUCUCCAUUUACUUGUAUCAGUUUCAAAGCCUGAGAAUUGUGUUGAUUCAUCGGAAUGGAACAGAGCAUUGUUAAUAUUAUCAAUGAAUCCUGAGCUAAAUGUCUGCUGUGAAAAAGACUACUACUACUUCAGUGGGCUCUAUGCACAACCCCACUACUUCCUGAACUUCAGAUGGCU